CAGAGGAGGGUUCAGAUUGCAAUACCAUCAUGGAACGCCUUGUCUUUUCAGAACCUUUGAAUCGUACAUCCCAAAGCAACCGAUUCUGUAUUGAAAAGCCCGAAGAAGAUCCAUCCAUUAUCAUCAAUCAAAAAUCAAUGUUCAUCAAGAAACGGAGAGGCAAAAGAAAGAUCAGCAAAUUCUGCGGAUUCUGAAGAAAAAAAGCGCGCCACAACGAAGUGGUAGCCCAGUUUUUGGCGAUCAUUCAUUCGUUCAUUCAUUCUCAGCUACGAAUUCAGAAGGACAGAGAGAAAAAGAGUCUGCUCUAAAUCGCACAAACAGGCAUCGUAGAAAUUGGGGAGCUCAGAAUGAGGGACCAUGUGACACCCCCACGAGGCCGGCCGGCAGUCGCCUUAAGACACGCGUGUGUGCGCGCGCACCAAGUGUUUGACAAAAUGCCAAAACCAACAGAACAAACUGAGAAGAAACCUUCAACAUUCUGAACAGAUUACAAAAUCCUCAGAGAUCGAAAAUGGCAAUCGACAUGAACUUUUCCCAUGAUAUUGAUGAUGAAUAUGUGAAGCUGAUUAGAAGAAUGAAUCCAACCAGGGUUGUUAUUGACAAUGAAGCCUGUAAGGAUGCUACUGUUAUAAGGGUAGAUAGCGCCAACAAACAUGGGAUUCUUCUUGAAGUCGUUCAAGUUCUUACUGAUCUUAAUCUCAUCGUCACCAAAGCCUAUAUUUCUUGUGAUGGUUGUUGGUUCAUGGAUGUUUUUAAUGUCACUGAUCAAGAUGGAAACAAAGUUACAGAUGAAGGGGUUUUAGACUAUAUCAAAAGGUCGCUUGAGUCGGAUUCUUGUUUUGCAUCUUCCAUGAGAUCUGUGGGUGUAAAACCAUCGGUUGAUUACACAGCAAUUGAGCUUAUUGGAAAUGAUAGACAAGGAUUACUUUCUGAACUCAGCGCUGUCCUCACUCACCUCAAAUGCAACGUUGUGCACGCCGAGGUGUGGACUCACAACACACGGGCGGCCGCCGUGAUGCAUGUCACCGACGACGAAACUGGUUCUGCAAUUACUGAUCUUGAGAGGCUAUCUAGGAUCAAGGGAUUACUCUGUAAUGUACUAAGGGGAAGCAACAAUAGGACCAAUGGAGCUAAGACGGUCGUGUCUCAAGGAGUCACUCACAUUGACAGAAGGCUUCAUCAGAUGAUGUUUGCUGAUAGGGACUAUGAACUUCUUGGUGAAGAUUUAAUGGACGAGAAGCAAAGGCCUAAUGUCAAGGUUGUUAAUUGGUGUGACAUAGACUAUUCUGUCAUUACAAUUCGGAGCAAAGAUCGCCCGAAACUUCUUUUCGACACGAUUUGCACGUUGACAGAUAUGCAAUAUGUGGUCUUCCAUGCCAAUGUAGUUGCUGAAGGGACAGAAGCCUAUCAGGAAUAUUACAUUAGACAUAUAGAUGGAUCUCCUGUUAAAUCUGAUGCAGAGAAACAAAGGGUAAUUAAAUGUCUUGAAGCUGCUAUAAGGAGAAGAGUGUCUGAGGGCUUGAAGCUUGAGUUAUGCACAACAGAUAGAGUAGGCCUUCUCUCUGAUGUCACCCGCAUCUUCCGAGAGAACAGCCUGACUGUCACAAGAGCAGAGGUAUCAACUAAAGGCGGUAAGGCGAUUAAUACGUUCUACGUUCGUGAUGCGUCGGGGUAUCCAGUCGAUUCGAAGACGAUAGAUUCAAUUCGAGAUUUGAUCGGGCAAACAAUACUGAAAGUGAAAGGCAGUCCAAAAGAACAAAAACAAGGUUCUCAGGAUUCACCAACUAGAUUCUUAUUUGGUGGUCUUUUUAGAUCUAGAUCUUUUGUAAAUUUUGGGUUAAUAAGGUCAUAAUCAUAAGGAGAUUUACUGCUACUGAAUUGAUUUAAGCCCAUCAUGUAAAUGCACCAUAAAUACUACAUAGGAACCAAAACAUGGAGCAGCAUCAGCUCCUUCCUUCUUGUACAUAACUCAGAAGAAUUAGGCUCUUCUUUUAGCUUUUA